CUAGAAAACAUAUUGUUUUGCGCCACUUGGUUGUCUGUGAUGGUAGUGUUCGAAUGUAACUAAGGCAAGCUAUUUAAGCAAAUUUCAAAAUUCUCGUCGAAUGAAAUUCCAAAUUUGUGACGUCUUCAGUUUCCGGCAGACAAAGUCCGCACUUGGACAGCGCCGCCAUCCUCAUCACCGCAUCUGCUUGCAGCAGCCUGCCUAAUCCUCUAGAGAACUGGCACUGCCUAAUCCUCUAGAGAACUGUCACUCGAUUCACCCAAAACUGAUGAUCCUCGAACUUUGCCUGCAGUUCCACUUCAUGCGGCAAUUGAGUCUUUGCAUCUACUUUCUGCGAAUGAGACUUACCAUUGUCAAUCAACUGGCACCUGUCGAGGACUUCUCCAACGAGCAUUAUUCAUAAGAUCGGGAAGAAAUCGGAAUUGUUUAUUCCCAUUUAUAUAAAGACAAACUGGUCAAAAUGUCUGCAUCGAGGCAAAACCGCAGCACUUUGGGAUACUACGAGUACUUUACGCCGGGGAUCUAUGACUAUCCGGUGAUCCAAUGUGCUGCGAGUGCCAAUCGUUCCUACAAUAUGAUGGACCCACUACUGACCAGUGCCUCAUCCACUUGGUCCAUUCCCGAUGGAAACGCCGCCUAUGUAGCCGGGCCAAUGGGCGUGAUCAAUUAUCUGUCGGAUAUGCAAACGCACUUGGCUCUGCCAACCAGCGAGAAUGUGGAAACUGGUCUGAUCUGUACGACCAUCGAGAACCAUUCAUGUUACCAUGAGCAACGUACGGAAUAUGUUCAAAUGGAGGAUGAACUCACCGAUGAUGAUGAGGGAUACGGCUAUGAGAUUCCCGAGCUUCAUCUAUGCUUCAAUCAUUCACAAUCGGAGUCGGGCGGAGCUGAUAAAUCCGGUGAUUCGCAGCGUACAUCGAGUAGUUGCUCAUCCGUGGAGAUCAGCGAGCAGUCAGAAUCGGGGGAAUAUGUUAAAUCCGAUUCGGUUCCCAGGAAGCGAAGGAGGAAAGUGCCGGAAAAGCGCAUCUAUACAGCCGAGCAGGGUUACGUGGUUGAGGAACCCACCAGCGAACCAUCCGAGGAUGAUGACGAGCCACUGCCACCCACCAAAUCCAGAAAAUAGAUAUCUCUGCGUAUUCGAAAAGUUUCAGUUUAGCGUUGAAGUUCGACUAUAGACCUAUAUAUAUUUUCAGAAACGUUAGCCAAUUUGAUUUAUCGUUGCAAUUUGUAGUGAUCAAAAUAUAUAUAUUUUAUACAUA